AUGGCCACCACUGUCGCUCUGUGGCAGCUAUUCCUCGUCCUUGUCCUGAUUUUACCCGUCUUGGCUCUCGAGCUUCCACCUCUGGUGCCUGCGGUUCAUGAUCAUAUCACCGCUGGCAGCGCUUCUAUUGCGUUCCGGCUACCACAGCACCUUCGCAUCGUGGUGGACGAACGGGACGCUCAGUCGACCGCGGACGAUGGACUCACUCUGAUUCCUCCGACCCUCCUGGAGUUCGCGCAGACGUUCCAGUCCGAUCUGGAAACCUUAUUUCCUAAAACCACAGUGUCCCUUUCGCGCGGAAACGUGCAAAACACGCCCAGCGGUCAAGCAACGAUCACAUUAUCCCUGUCAGGCCGGCUGAAUGCCACACAUGCGGAUGGCUCGCCCACCUCCGAAGGUUAUGAGAUGGAAGUCUCGCCCGGCGGCGUCCAGAUCGUAGGCACAGGCAGCAAAGGGGCCUUCUGGGCCACCCGCACAUUGCUCCAGGGCCUCGUUCUCACAGGCGGCCAAUUUCCGGCUGGCAAGGUUGUGGACCAACCCGACUGGCGCACGCGUGGAUUCAUGCUCGACGUCGGGAGGCAGUGGUACCCGAUUACCUUCCUGGCGGACCUGUGCACGUACGCGUCGUGGUUCAAGAUUAGCGAGUUUCACGUCCACCUCUCGGACAACGUCUCGCCGCGGGGCGACUUCAAUGCAUACGCACGCUUCCGCCUUCGGCCUGAAGAUCCGGCCCUGGCAGGCCUGACCCCGCACCUGAACGAGACGUAUUCGCGGGCGGAGUUCGACGCGUUCCAAGCCGGGUGCGCAGCCCGCGGUGUUACAGUCGUGCCAGAAUUAGAGUCGCCCGGGCACGCCUUGGUCAUAACACAGUGGAAACCCGAGCUUGCGCUCUCUACUGACCCGACGCUGAUUAAUCUGACCGUCCCGGACGCUAUCCCCACGAUUAAGUCGAUUUGGAAGGAAUUCCUUCCAUGGUUCCAUACGAAACAGGUGUCGAUCGGCGCGGACGAAUACAAUUCUUCCUUGGCAGAUGACUACAACAAUUUCGUGAACGAGAUGAGCGACUUCAUUGGCCAAGAGAGCGGGAAGACGAUUCGACUUUGGGGCACGCGCGAGCCGUCCAACACGACGUCCGUCAGUAAGAACAUCACCAUACAGCACUGGGAUUUCGGAGACGACGAUCCGUUCGAGCUGAUUCGCUCUGGCUACGAUGUCAUCAACAGCGAGGACUCCUUCCAAUACAUCGUGAUGAAACAGUCGGGCUCGUUCCCGCAGGCCCUGAACCAGACGCGGAUCUGGGAUGGGGCAAACGUAAACACCGGCGGGAUCUGGGACCCGCACGUAUUCGACCGAGGCAACGCGUCGAACAACCCAAGCAUCUCCGACCCGCACCUGAAGGGCGCGAUCAUGGCGGCGUGGAACGACCACGGGCCGACUGCCAGUACGUUCCUGGAGGCGUUUUAUGCGCUCAAGCAGGGGCUCCCCGUUGUCGCGAGCGCGGGCUGGCAAUCCGCGACGCGCGCGAACCAUCUUACGCACGCGCAGUUCCUUGCCGCGUUUCCCGCGCUCGAGGCGGCCGCCCCGGGGCAGAACCUCGACCGGCGCAUUCCCAGUAAGGGCGCGGUCGUCGUCGACUACGACUUGACGCGUCUCGGUCCCGGUGCGUCCAGGGUAGCGGACUCGAGCGGGAAUGGGUACGACGCGCGUCUCGAAGGCGCGGUGCUGCAUACCCCGCUGGGGAGCAAGGGGCACAACUAUACCCUACUCCUGCGCGUACGACUAAGCGGUACGCCGGGAACGCUGCUGUCUAGCCCGGACGACUCCUUCGGGGUGGCGACUCUACCCGACCAGGGGCUCACGCUGGCCUUUACAUCAUCGAACAUCACCUACCUCCUCUCGAACUACACCCUUCCGUCUACCUCCGCGGACACGGCGGUAAGUAUUGUACUGACGGGCACAGAGCACGGCACAUCUGCGUUCGUAGAUGGCGCCCAUGCCGGCGACUUUCUCGUCUCGAUCGAUCAGACGUCGGUGUUCGAGCCGAUGGCAUUUGUAGCACCGGUGCAGACCAUAGGUGGAGGCGAUAACAGGUUGCAGAGAUUCAUACUUUGGGAUGGCAUACAGAGCGAAACGACUAUAUAAAUAACUACCAGAUUAUGGAGCCAACCAGUUUCUUGGACGCACGCCUGACAAUGCGUGUGCGGAGAGCGUAUUCAUGAGAAAGUACGAAGGGGGAAUACCGUCCAUACUGGCGCCGAGCGAAUAGGUACGAAACUAAACCCUGCGGGGCCUGCAGCUAUGCGGUUACAGUACAACGUGAGAUACGACGAACAAGUGAUACAGGUGAGAGAAGCGCGCGGGGUUACCUUACAUGCGCGAGUACAUUGGGCUAUUGUAACCUAGCAGCACGUAGCGACCGUAGAGUGAUAGUCUGUUGCGGCUCUUCCGCCGGCACUCGACGGACGAUACCCUGAUCAUAUACCACGCAACCCCAUCUCGAACUCACCAUGCUGCACAUGGUGAGUUCGAGAUCCGCCAGCGUGGUCCACAAUCUGGAGGAGCGAGAUGACAACUGCCCAAAGUAUUCGUGAGGGCCGGUGACGGCAGCGCGGCGUAAUCCGCAUCAAACACGAGGCGCCCAGCCCAUGGCAUGGUAGGCUUGUCGGGCGGCCUCCUCCUUGGCGAGCUGCUUGCUCGCACCUGUGCCUUGACCCUUUUCGAUCCCGUUGACAAGACACAACACGGUCCAUCGGCCGGCGUGCGCAGGCCCCGAGAACUGCGCGGGAUACUGUACUUCGAGACGGCGCUGCUGCGCGGUCUGGUUGAAGAGAGGGAGAAACGCAGAAUGCGGCUGCGCGGGUGCGAGAGGAUUGAACAUAGGAAGGGGAGGGGGCGCGCUGGCCGGCGGCGGCGGCGGAGGGGGCUGCCCGUACAUAGACGGCGGGGGAGGUUGUCCCCAGUAGCUCGCCUGGGGCUGACCAAACCCCAUGCCCAUCCCCAUGGGCUCGACCUUGACUCGCUUGUUCUCGGGCUCUGGCGAAAGCCCCGACUGAGCCCCUGGUUGAGCCUGGGGAUCGACAAGGGCUCCGAUCCAGUCCCGGACCGCCUUGUACCCUCCACCGACGAACACGGCCCCCACAUAGGAAUUGAAGAGAAUACGAGUCUCCUCGGGGCUGCUGAGGUUCACGGACGAGGUAUGACGAACCUUAUCCCUCCAUCUAUACCCAGAAACCCAGGACUCCACGUCCUCCUGUAGCUUAGUUUCGACCUGUUGCUUCAGCUCGUCCGCCUUCAACAUAGGCCGCUUGUAAAAGAGCACGUCGGUGUAGGCCGCUUCGAGGACCUUGUCGCCAAGAACCUGUAGUCGUUGGCCAUCGCCGUAGGGGGAGUCGCCGUUAAGAGGGGCGCCAGAGAACUUCAUCGAACGAUGCACAAAAACCUCGAGCAUCGCUUCGCCGUCGAUUUUCGGAGCGGGGGGGAGAUCAGGAUCCAUAGUGACUGAAGCAGAGCGAGAACGCUUCAGGUUGGGAGAGGGACUGUGAGAUUUCGCUGGUGCGGAGGGAGAGGUACACGUGCCAAAGUCGGACUGUGCUGCGGUAGUCGAAGCUCCGUUGCUCGUGGACGCUUCCGAUGCCGCGCUGUAUCCGUUUGUGCCUCCCAGUCCCAGAGUCAUCGUGGUGUGUGCGGAAGAGAGUUG